UCAAUUUCAAACGGUUUUCGAUUGUGUAGUGUUUUAGGUCGUUUGUCAAUUUGUGAAACAUUUUUAAAGUGUAUUUUUUAUUACAAUAAUGUCCGUUUUUGAUGAAAUAAUGUGUAAAGUUAAUGAAAUAUCUAACAGUUAUGUUCGCUCCCUAAAUGACGAAAUAAAGAUCGCUUUCGACGCUAUAGACAAGUUUGCUGAGGAAUAUCAGAAGGGACGCGGGAAACGGGACCAGAAUCAGAAAAAGGCCCUAGUGAAUACGCUUAUGAGCAUAAAUGAAGACGAAGAUGAAAACUCCCCCAAAGAAGCCAGGAAGUCCAAGGAUGGCUCGGAGAAGCGGCUCUCGAACAAGCGGAGCAAGGAGCAGGUGGACGGCAUGUUGAGCCCUGAACAAGAGAAGAGGCCCAAGAGAAACGCCUCCGUCAAGGCUCAGAACAAUAUUACCAAACAGGUGAAUGUGAAUCUGACGCAGAAGCUGCGACGUGACGACACGGAGAAGACACGUCGAGGUCACGAUGACAACAAGGAAAACACGCUGCCCGUCGUACAGGUGAAACAAGAGAAGAUAUCCCUCCCUUCAGAGCCCAUGGAGACAGAGGCGGUGUUAGACAUACCGCUAGUGCCUGUGAAACAGGAACCUAACAAGGAUGAAACGUCUAUGCCGCCGCCAGCCGCCCCUGUUCCGAAGCCUCGCAAGCUACCGCCUAAGGAGAAAUCUACGGAUAGCGAGGAGGAGUCGACCGGCAAACGCAGCACAAGAACCAGGAACUACACGGACACCAUGCCGCCACCAGCCGCCCCGGCUCCCGUGGAGCGAGCGGCGCGCGCGUCUCGGCGCGGCACGGCGCGCGGCGCGGCGGGGGCGGACGCGCCGCCGCCCGAGCCCAGGCCCAAACGAACCCGGGCUAAAAAGAAAGUAUCAGAGUCCUCAACUACAGACGCAGAAAAUACACAACCGCCCGUACAAAACAACAUUGGUACACCAGACAAACCGCGACCAAAGAGGACCAGGCGAGGAAAGAAAGCGGCCGAGGAAGAACCACCGAAACCAAAAGAUCCAUCCCCAGAACCAGAAAUAAUAUCGCCAAAAGAAGAAAGAAUAUCCCUCCCCGACGCCCAAUCGCCCGCCAUACCCCAAAAGACCGUCAAAAAGACCAAAACAGACUCAACUCUGUCUAUAACCUCGGACUCGAUCCAAUCGAAAAAGGGCCCUAAAAAGAAGGGAGCAAAGUCGAAAGUUGACAAGCAAACGAUGGAGGAGACUCAGGUUAUUAGCAGUAUGAAUACCACGGUGACUAUUAGUAUGGAUAAGACGGUCGUGCUGACUAAUGGGGUGUAUGACCAUACUGAUGCGAAGACUACGAUUGCAAUGAAUGAAACAGUCGUUUUAGACAAAAUCAACCGAGACACCAUGGUUUUAGACAAACCACAGACUAAGAUUAUGGACUCCACAGUUGUUAUAGAGAAAGAUGGCGCGACGCCCAACAUGACGGACGACCUGUCUCUGCUGACGGACGACAACAGCGAGGGGUGUUGCACGCCCACCAAGGACCACAAACAACCAGAACCCACUUCUGCUGUAAAAGCCAAAGUGCAACAGUUUGAAGAGAUGGCCGCCAGGACCACUAGGACCAAAACGAGAGCUAUGGCCAAAAAGGCCGCCGAUACGGAAAACAGUACGCCGCCCGACAAAAUAAUAUCCAAGCAGGUUCUGUCUGCGGACACGCUCACCAAGAUGAACAACAUGAUAUUCAACGGCAAGACCACUCAGAUAUCAAGUUCAGCCACAAAGCCGACCGCGAAACUACCCCCUGUAAAAACAAUGCCGGCCUCAGCAUCUAAAGUGACCGCCAUUAAUAAAGCCCGCGAGGAGUUGCUCAGCAAAGAUGACGCGAGGAAGAAAAAGGAAGCCAUGCUGGAGGCUAAGAAGGAGAUGCAGAAACGUAAACGCGAAGAGAAAAUGGCGGCCGCCGCCGCGGCGCGGGAAGCGGCCGAGAAGGAGCGCAGAGCCGCGCUACAGGCGCAGGCGAAGGACAGAAUGGAGAAACAAGCCCAUGCUGAUCAAGGAAAACUAGAAAAGAUGAAAGAGGUAGAAAGGAAAAAGCAAGAGCUAGCGCGUAAAGUGGCUGAGACGGAAGAGCGGCGCCGCGCUGAGGAACAAGCGAGACUCGCGCGACUCGCCGAGGAACAGAGAAAGGCUGAUGCCGCCAGAAAGAAACAGCAAGAAGAGAGCGAGGCUAUGAAGAAAGAGGCUGCGAUGAUGGCUAAAGAAAUCGAGAAGAGACAGAAAGAGUAUCUCGAGAAACAGAAGAUGAAGCAAAGAAUGGAAGCUGACAAAAUGCACACGCCACUGAAGAAUGGCACGAAAGCGCCCCCUAUGGAACCCGUGUACAUGCAGGACGGAUUCCAGCACCUCAACUCGGACGAUGAUGAUGAUGACGCGCCACCCAAGCUGCCCACACCCGCCUGGUGCAAGUCGCGGCACCGGCAGCUAGCGCUACAGCACCAGCUGCCUAACGGCCUCGUGGACUCUCUGUUCUCGGUGCGCGUGCACCACGUGGACCUGCGCGCCAUUUUCCCCUGCGUGGAGCGAGCAGCGCUCAAGCGCACCUCCUCCGCCGUGUGGCGCACCCCGCCUACCCUACAACUGUCCAGGGUACAGGAAUCGCCGAUAUAACAUCGAGUUGAGACCAGUCGCGGGCGAUCAUUGUAAAUAGUAUUAUGUAAUUUGUAUGUUAUCGCUAAUUAUAUAUAGAUAUAUAAUGCCGACCAUCUACUGAAGACCUGAUCACGCUCAAAAUUACUCUAAUUUUCUAAUUUAU